AAGGGGGGAGAGAAAAAAAUUCAACACAAUUUACACUCAGCUAAAGCCUGUGUGGCACUUUCUUUGGUGGCUGAGAAUUCAAAAGAAGGGAAACUGAUCCCAGGUCUGUAAGCAGAUGAAGUUUCUGUGUUUGCCAAAGGGGAUGAGAACAAUUUCCGUUCCUCUUCUGGAUCCUCCAGGCAGCUGCUGCUCUGUCACACACUGACACAAGCCAUAAACACAAGGUUCAGUCAGACCACAGGACAGUUCAGCAGCCCCCACUUCCUCAUCGAGAGCAGAGCGAGUGAACACGAGUUUCCUGUGACGCCUCUGCGUCUCUGGUCAAUUGGUUUACUCACAUCACUUUUCCACUGUUGAAGCGCUCUGCUGCAUUGAAAGACAGCGGCCUUGUCGUGUCCUGAGGGGGGAAGCACACAGUCGGUCGACGCUGGUCAUCUGGAGAUUCUCUUUCCAAAAGCUGGAUCUGUCAGGACACACAGAGAAAGAAAAACAUUUGUUCAGUUAUUAAUAGUCUUCAGUGCAAAGCUGUGAUGCAGUUUUCACGCAGUUGAAGUUGUUUGUGAGGUUUGGAUAUUCAACCAUGCUGCAGCAGUCAGAGCUCAUCUUUGACUUUGCCAGUGAUCAUGUCAACAUGUCACAGUUGGGAGGUUACUCGGACUACCCUGCGGUGAUUGUGGAGCAGGUUCCCCAUCCACACCUGCUCACAUAUACAGGUCUAGCGUGUGAACAGUCACAGACAGAGCAUCACCACCAGCUCCUCAAAGUGGAGCAAUGUGAAAGUGGAGAGGAGGAAACCAUGGAGACACUUGUUGCUGCUGACUCGCUUCUUAACAUGGACUGCCCUGACACGCUCUCCCUGGAACACUACUCCCAGACCUUCUUACCAUCCCUGGGUGAUGUCAUCACUACUCCUGUUACCCAGGUGACUGUAUCAGCAGAGGGGAUUGUGGGGGCUGUUGACCAGCCUCAAUGGCACUCGUUGCACACAAAGAAGACUGCGGCACAGCUGCAGUCCAGAAAGAGAGGGAGAAAACCUCGACAUAGAAGGGCAGAGUCUCCCACACCGGACAUAAUAGUGAAGAAGGACAAAUACAACAAAGGAGGAAACACGCUGUACCUGUGGCAGUUCCUGAUGGAGCUACUGCAGGACCGACAGGUCUGCCCUCGCUACAUUAAGUGGACUAAUCCACACGCAGGAAUCUUCAAGUUAGUCAACUCAAAAGCAGUUGCCAGACUCUGGGGCAAACACAAGAACAAGCCAGAUAUGAAUUAUGAAACAAUGGGCAGAGCACUCAGGUACUACUACCAGAGAGGCAUCCUGAAUAAGGUUGAAGGCCAGCGUCUCGUCUAUCAGUUCACCUCUCUGCCCAAAGAUAUGAUCUACAUCACAGACGGAGACGGCACCAAAGAAGAAGAAGAUGACGAUCACGACGACAACAGCGGCAACGACGACGGAGUGAGCGACGACUCCGACGACAGCUCCAUACCUUCUAGCGACCAAUCAGUGGAGGAGGAAGAUUCACACCCGCCGCAGAAGAAGACGUCAUCCAGCUGCAUUCGGGCCCCGGCCGCCCAGCGGACCCGCCAGGCUCCCCGGGCCCCGGGCCAGCGGGACACCGUGCUGCGACCCGCCAGCAGCAGCAGCAGCUUGAUCCAGGAGCAGCAUUUGCCCAUUGUGUCCGCGGAGAUGCUGCGGACCCUCCAGAACCUGCAGAAGGUCCAGUCCCUGCAGCCCGCCGGUCACGGCUCGGUCUUCAAAACAGCUCAGCUGCUGGGGAGCCUGUGCGAGCGACAGGCUGCUGCCCAGGUGGCCGUGGACAGUGACGCCGCACGGGAGACACCCGACGGAAACUCACACGCAGGACUCAAAAUGUCACAUGUGGAGACUCCACAGCUGGUGUCCCUAACAAGCUCUGACCAAUAGAAAACACACACACAUGCACAUACACUCCACUGACUCAGGACCAGUUACAGAGCUGUACUUUGCUGUGGCAAUGCCUGCACACCAGGGCCUUUAUUUCUUAAGUGUGUAAGCGUGGAAGUACUGAUUUAGAGUUAUUUUUCAGUUUAGGAUUAUAUUAUGAAUUAGUUAAUUCUAGACCAAUACUUCCAUAAUUCCAUGACAUCCGAGUUGGCAGGAACCAAAAAUCUCUCCACAUUUAGCAGUUUAUUUUCUCAGAGACUAUAAAAGCUUCUAAUCUCAGCCUUCUGUCACCUCCUGUAGCUGUUAACUUACCAAAGACAGACAUGCACUGGAAUCUACAGCCUCUCUGCACCUGCAGACACGCCCCCUGCUUGCACUUCACCUCCAGCAUCAUGGAGGCAAUGAUCUGAUCACCACACUGUGCCCUCUUUCCUCUCCAUUCACUCUCAUUCUUUCCUACUUAUUUUUUUUAUUUUUAUUGUUUGUACCAUCACAUGCUGAAUCAUUCCUCUGCCUGAAAAACGGCUUUGCACUAAUGUUUACCCCUGCUGUAUGUUUCUUCUCUAAGUGCCUGACGAUGUGAGUCCAUCCUGUCCCUGCUUCCUGUGUUAAUCAUAAGGUUAUUGAGGGAAAACAUUCCAUAUUAUUGUUUUGUUUUUUUACUGAAUUAUGUUGUGAAUGGUUGAAAACAAGGGAUCACUGUUAUUUCUAGAAUAGUAAUUUGGCACUGCUGCUGUUUGUAAACAAUGUAUCGACACAGUGGACUUUCUUUUGUGGCAGUCACCAGUGAAAUGGCCUUUUAUUUACAUCCUCCUGUACAGUCAUAUUGCUACUAUUUAGCCUCUCUGCUAUGCACACAUUCUGUUUAGUUAUUACUCGUAUAUAUAUUUAUAUAUAUGCAUAUAUGGACCUCUAAAGCCUUGAUAUCUUCAUGUGUUGUGUGUUGUAUACUGUAUGUCUGUGCUUGACUUUGUGCCAUUUUCUCCCUCAGGUUCGUUCAAAAAUUAGUUUAUCUGCACAGACUGUACACUCUAUGCAAGGAGUAGAACAGCUGGCCCUUUUUAUAAUGAAGUAAUGCUAAGUUUAGUGUUUUCCCUUCAGUUGAUCUUAGCUUCACUCCGAAUAUGAACCGAGUUUGUAAGAUUUAGGUCGACUUCUGUGAGGCUAAAACUUGGUUAAGAAAAAAAUGCUUAUAACUGUGCCUUUGCCCCCAGGGAACCCUAUGCAAAACUGAUUUCACUUUAUUACUGAGUAAACCGUUUAUUUGGAAUCCCCUCGCUGUGCUUUAUCUGGAGGUCUCUUGAUACUGUAAGUUUUACUGAUAUUGAAAUGUAAGCUUGUAGCAGAGGGAGAGGUGGACUUUCCGUUGCCUUAUUUUGGUGUGUUUGCUUUCAUGCAGUCCGGAGGUAUCUAUUAUAUGAAAUAAACUUAAUUUUGUCACUGUC